AUGUACAACACUAUAUGUACAUUUACAAGAUCGACCAUUUCCCAAAAUUGUUAAAACAAAAUCGACCAUUUCGACUUAUCUCAUUCAUUUCAAAUGACAGUUUUGAGUGAAUGGGUGUUAAUUUAUUUGCCCCGAAGUGAAGUUUGUUUAUUUAUUUUACGGUGAAAAGUUUAUUGAUUAAUAAAUAAAUUGUAUUAGUUCUCUAAAAUAUGGAGAAAUGUAAUAAUAGCUGCCGUGCUUGCCUAUCGACGUCGGAUUCCUUCACGUAUUUCUUAUAUGAAAACAUUUCGCCCGAAGUCUAUUGGUUUUGUACUUCCCUUGAGGUAAAGCAAGAUGGACUUCCCAAAUCACUUUGCAACAGUUGUUAUGGCUUACUUACAAAAUUUUCAGAGUUUAAAAAGUUAUGUAUACAAUCAGACAAUAUAUUAUAUAAUAUUUUUAAUAAUGGUGAGCCGGAAAACAAGAAUUAUCUUAAUUUAAAAUCAGAACUUGAAGGAAAUGAAUAUGAAGAAAACCUUGAAAGUAAUGUAUUUGUGAAGAAUGAAGGUUUGGCUGAUAUAGAUGAUAUAGAAACAGAUUAUUGCAAUGAUAUUUAUGAAGAAGGCAGACAUGAAAAAAUUUAUAUGCACAACACAAAAAAUCAUAAGACAGAAACUAGAAAGAAAUAUGCAAAGCCGGUAUCAAAGUUAAAGAAGAAAAGAAAAAAGUUUGAAUUCACAUGUGAAUUGUGUUACAAAAAGUUUGGCUUUAAAGAGCGGUUUGAAGCCCACUUGCUGGAGCAUGAAGGAAAAACAACUUCAAUAUACUGCGCACCAUGCAACAAAACAUUCACAACCUGGGGAGGCUUGAAGCGGCACAAUGACUGUGAACAUACAAGACUGUCCCUGGACCAGCUGACUUGCAAGUUGUGCUCGAAGGUUUUUAAGAGCCCCCGCACACUGGCAAUACAUCGCACAACCCAUGGGGAGAGGAAGUUAAGGAUAUGCGAUGUUUGUGGGAAGAGGUUUAAAAGUAAUUUGACUUUGAAGGCUCACCUAGAAACACAUUUAGAAAACCGCGAGCGUCGCUACACCUGCCAACACUGCGGCAAGAAGUUUCUCAGCAAAAAGACCUGCGCAUCCCACGCUGCGCGCCGCCACAGCGACCGCCGCUACAUCUGUCACCACUGUAACUACCCCUUCACCGACAAAAGCAACCUCGCCAAACACAUCAUGAUACAUGAAGGAAAACAGCUACUACACAAAUGUGACUUAUGUCUCAAGACCUUUGCAGCGCAUUCGUCUCUAGUCAUCCAUAAAAGAAUACACACUGGGGAAAAGCCAUUCGCCUGCAACUUUUGCCCGAAGAGCUUUUCUAAUAAACGAAUGUUAGUGGACCAUCAUAGGAUUCAUACGGGAGAAAAGCCACAUAAGUGUGCGGUGUGUGACCAGAGCUUUACGCAGCGCGGCACUAUGAAACGACAUAUGAAAGUGCAUGAAAGGAUAUGCACGUAAAAGAACGUCGAACAACGUGGACACAAGUGACAUAAAAAGUUUUCCUAAUUUAUGGAUACGAGUAAAUAAAUUUAAUAAUUUGCUAAUUCAUUGUGUCGUCCGUUUUUUAUGAACUAUACUAUAUUUUGCAAAUUAAAGGUGAUUUUUUAUAAACCGUUUGGGAAGUUGAGUGCAAGAGUAUGGCAAAAUAAACAUCUCACCAGGAAAACCAAGAUGGUUGUUUAUCAAACGUGCAUCCUGAGCAUACUCUUGUACGGGGCUGACACCUGGACAUCGUAUGCCAAGCACGAACGUCGUCUUAACGCCUUCCACAAUUUCCACAUGCGCUGCAUCCGAAACAUUUUGGGCAUACACGAGGGAUAGGGUCACGAACGAGGGGGUGCUUGAGCUUGCUCAGCUGCCCAGCCUCUUUGCGCUGCUAAAACAAAGACGCUUACGUUGGGGUAUGUGAAUCGAAUGCAACCUUCUCGUUUGCCGCGACGUGUUUUGCUUGGCGUCAUUGCUGAUGCCAAGAGAAGCGUCGGUCGGCCAAUGCUACGACAUAAGGAUUGCGCCAAGCGAGACAUGCACGCCUUUAACAUCCCGGUUCACAAAUGGGAAGAGCUUGCCGAGGACAGAGUAAAGUGGCGCAAACUGAUAUUCGACGGACGUAAAAUUCACGACGACGCUUGGUUUAAGACACUCGCAAGUAAGCGGGCCAAGCGUCAUCAGCCUAUUCAGCCUGACACCUGUUCGGCAGGGGCAAACUACAACUGCCAGGCUUGUGGGCGUGUUUGCCGCUCCCGUAUUGGCUUACACAGCCAUGAAAAACGUUGUCGCCCUGCCUGACACUGCUUGUGUAGUCUGUAAUAGACUCGAAGGCCAAUGAUACUAUAUUUUCUUC